UACUGUCUUUCACUUGACACUGGUGCAAAAUGUCGCGCAGUCUUUCUGUACCGAAGCUGAAACGCAAAUGCUCACCGUUGUCCGACGCGUCUUUUCAAACCCAAACAGCUGCUUCUGCCAUUUAACGGCAUGUUAAACUACAUGUAGUACGUGGCAGGAGCUAACAGUUUUAUUCUGAAAGGAACAUAAAUGGGAUUUAUAUUUCCAAAUGUUUGGAACAGUCUAAAUUUCACAGUGUAAGCUAUCGGUGUAAAUGACGGAUAAGCGUUUGGGUAACCGAGAAGGUGCCCUAAACUUGGCCAACAUAGCUGUCACAGGGAUAUUUUUCUCAAACAAGAAAACUAACAGAUGUGGUAAAAUGGAAAUGACUGUUAACGACUGGCUCCAAAUCUGUUGGAGCUGAAGGUAGAGCAGAAUUUUCGGGGGGCUCUCUGUAAGGCUCUUGCUGUCUUCUGCAACGCAGCCAGGAGGAUGGUCUUUGCCUUCCAUGUCAUUGUCAUGUCUUCUGCGUUUUUCAAUCCCAGUUUUGCCUUCAGCUCUCACUUUGAUACAGAUGGGGCUCCCCUGAGCGAGCUAUCGUGGCCUUCAUCUCUCGCGGUGGUAGCCGUCUCCUUCUCUGGCCUCUUCACCUUCGUCUUCCUCAUGCUGGCCUGCCUCUGCUGCAAGAAGGGAGACAUAGGCUUCAAGGAGUUUGACAACACUGAAGGAGAGGAGUACCAGGCAGAUCUCUCCGCUCUGGCCUCGUCUUCCUCCCAGAAUGGCCCCGAAGUCUACAUCCUUCCCCUCACUGAGGUCUCCCUGCCUGUCUCCAAACAGCCUGGCAGAUCCAUCCAGCUGUUGAAAUCCUCAGACCUUGGCCGCCAUAGUCUGCUCUAUCUUAAAGAGAUCGGACAUGGCUGGUUUGGCAAGGUUCUGCUGGGCGAGGUUAAUGCAGGCCUCAGCACCACCCAGGUGGUAGUGAAGGAACUGAAGGCCAGUGCCAGUGUCCAGGAACAGAUGCAGUUCCUAGAGGAGGUCCAGCCAUAUCGAACCCUCCAGCAUCCUGCCCUCCUGCAGUGUGUGGCACAGUGCUCUGAGGUUACUCCUUAUCUGCUAGUCAUGGAGUUUUGCCCUCUGGGUGACCUGAAGAGUUACCUCCGCAGUUGUCGGGCAGCUGAUUCGGAAACUCCUGACCCCUUGAUCCUCCAGCGAAUGGCCUGUGAUAUUGCCUCGGGGCUUAUGCACCUGCACAAAUACAACUUUAUACAUAGUGACCUGGCACUGCGGAACUGCUUGCUAACUUCAGAAAUGUCAGUUAAGAUUGGAGAUUAUGGCCUUUCUCACAGCCAAUACAAGGAUGACUAUUAUAUAACACAAGACCAGAUUUGGGUGCCCCUGCGCUGGAUUGCACCAGAGCUCAUAGAUGAGGUCCAUGGAAACCUGCUGGUCGUUGACCAAACCAAAAGCAGCAAUCUAUGGUCAUUAGGGGUGACUGUGUGGGAGCUGUUUGAAUUGGGAAAUCAGCCGUACAGACAGUACUCUGACCGGCAGGUGCUGACAUAUGCUGUGAAGGAACAGCAGCUCAAGCUACCCAAACCCCAGCUCCAGUUCCCCCUGGCUGAGCGCUGGUAUGAGGUGAUGCUGUUCUGCUGGCUGCAGCCAGAGCUGAGACCCAGCAGUGAGGAAGUGCAUCUUUUGGUCACAUACUUGUGUGCCAAAGGCUCCAGUGAGGCAGAGGAAGACUUCGAACAACGCUGGAAUGCCUUGAGACCCAACUUGCUUGGUAGUACCUUCCACACAGCUGCAUCCACAGCUCUAGUCCUGACCCCUACACCUGCCUCAGUUAAUGCCUCCAGUGCAGAUCAAACUCAGGCGGUGGAGCUGGCCUCUUCUGCCUCAUCCUCCUUCCCCCUCCUGGAGCACUUCUCCGACAGCUUCCACUCUGACACAGUGGAUGACCUACUGACUGUUACAGAGACCAGCCAUGGUCUUAACUUUGAGUACAAGUGGGAGCAGGCCCGAGCUGAGCAGCCCUACUGCUCCUCCUCCACCAGUGGGCCACUGGGCCAGGGGAACCCACAUUAUCAGGAUAUUUAUUAUUCAAGCAAAGGAAGCACAUCAGGGGGUUGCAAGACUGACAGCCUGACCUCAAGCGUAUCCCCUUCCUAUUAUGAACCCGAACGCCCAGGUGUAGUCCCUGUAUUGAGCGCCCACAGCCCCUCUGUCAGCAGUGAGUACUAUAUUCGUAUAGAGGAGCCAGUAGAGUGUAAUGUUAACCUGGAUGACAGCAUUGUAGACUACAGUCCAGGACUGGAAGCCAGCAACAGUAGGUUGUCCUCUGAGAGUCACACUGGUUCAUCCAUGGCAGCACCAAGUGCUUACUGGUCAACUGCUGACAACAGCAAAUCUGCUGCCUAUGACUCCGAUUCGAGCCCCACUGUCCAACUAACAAUGGGGCCACUGCUGAGACAGACAUCCAACACCAGCUCUGUAAAGUUAGACCAAGCCCACAACUGCUUUCCAACCAAUCACGUUGGCACAAUCCACAGUGAACAGUCACACAAGAAAUGCCAAAAGUCCUGUGUGUCUGAACUGGAUACAUCACCAGAGUCCCGAUCAAACCUUGUCCACUCAGUGGGGCAGCUAGAAAACACACGCAGUUUGUCACAAGCAGUUAGCAGCCCCAGCUUAGGGUUCUGCGAUCCCUACCUUGAAGCAAACACAGGUCGUGGCAUGGUUAAUGAAAGCUGCCAUGGUAUGAUGGGUCCCUUCAGAAAGACACUAUCCAUUGUUAACCAUGUUAGCAUCGAUGUAGGAACAGAUGGCGGCCUGCUGGUGGGCCAGCGGAGAGGUGAAGACAUUGAGGAUGACCUUUUUUCUGAGGGAGAGCUGACUAAGUGGACUUCAAACCAUUCUGCAAACAAUAAUAGCCUGAGGUUUGACAGUAGGCAGACGGGCAGUGGGCAUGACAGCUAUCUGGACCUUCAGUAUACUGCUCACACUAACACAACAGAAUUAUGGUCUUUAACCAAGGCCACCACCAGGACCUUCCACAGCUCCAGGUCAUCUGCCACUUUGGAGGCAGAAGCAGGAGACACCAGUUGUAACACUGCUAUAAUGCCCAAUGAACUGGCUUCAUACAUUCACUUAUGUCACAAAGACAGAGAGGAAGCUGUCACUCAAGUGGAAAGGAACCUGGCUGCAGAAAAUCAAAGAAAUAUCAGUUCUCUUACCAUCUCAAGUAUUAAUGCCAGAAGUACAGAGGAUGGAAAAAUGGAGGGAAAAUAUGAAAACCAAUUGUUGCUUAAUGGAGAGAGACUGUACUGUGAGCCUACGAUGAUACCUGAGGCAAGCUUUAUAAAAUCCCCUUGCUCUUUCAAGGAUAAGGAAAGAGGAGCUUUGUCAGACAAGCAGAAGGGUAAAAUUUGGGAGGGGGUUUCAAAGGGAAUGUCUGUUGGUCUGGGAGAUAAGAGGCUAAAUUAUACAGACACGUCAGAAAAUUGCAGAGCAUUGGAUAGUGGGGUUGUGGUUAGGGAAUCCAGCCCGGCUGAGCUUGGUCACUGCAGUGAGGAUGACGAUGAUGACAUUGCAGAUAUUACAUCAGGUAUCUUUGCCGACUUCAACCUAGAUUAUGCUGAGGUAGAGGAGGAAGAGCUAAGCCCACUGAAGAAUCCAGAGGGAACUCCUGAAUCUCUAGAUGCCAUUAACAUGUCCUCAUCAAUGACAAGCCCCUGUGAUCAGGCCUUCAGCCCUGAUCCCUUCAAUACUCCCACCCUGCCCAAAUCCCUCGACAGUGGCUAUGACACAGAGAACAACGAAUCUCCAGAGUUUUUCUUUAAAGAGCUCGGAAAUCCCCUGGGUGGAGAGCCUGAGCUUGUUCUGCAGGUGGGUUUAGGCCAGAGGCUGUGCACUUCCACCAGCACCUCAGAGCUACAGUUAAAGACCGUGACUGAUAAGAACACAUACAGGGACUCUGCCUACUUCUCUGACUAUGAUGCUGAAAAUGAGAGGAGGAGCCCUGAAGAGGAAGGCAUCAAGUUCUUUGCAGGUCCAAGAAACCAUGACCUCCGUGCUGAGAAAGUGAGCUCUACCAGUGAUGAUGAACUUAUCAAAAGGCAUUUCAGUGAGGAGCAUUUAACAAAUCUGAGACACAUCAAAAGUGUUGUAAUUAAUCUGUCAGAGACUGACCCCAGCACACCCCAUCCCCUUCCCACCCCUGGCUUGUCCAUGCUGUCCCCAUUUCCUCCACAGAUGGGUGGUUGCCUGACCAAAGAGUCGGCCCCUGCAGAUGAUGAUCUUGGACUGGAGACAGAGCACUCAGGAGAGGAGCCUCCCUCAGAGCUGAGCACCUCAGUUGGGUCUGAAUCCUCUUCCACUGCCCAAGAGGCCCCAGCUAAAAAUGAAGGGAGUAACAGGAGCACAGAAGACUGCUCCCCUACCCAGUGUUUGCCUUCUGAAUCCACCAUACAUGAAUGCAAAGAUGAGGUCCCUAAAGAGAAUGAAAAUGGUGAUGGGACCACAGAGGAGGAGGAGAUUCCUGAAUUCACUUCCAUCAAUGAGGAAACAGAGGACAGUAGGGAGGGUGUAAGAAUAAAUGCGGAUGAUUUUGAGGACAUAGAUGCAGAGGAGUGUGGCUCACAGGACAGUUUAUGUGGGGUAUCCAAUGGCCCUGUUGACCUGUCCACAUCCUCAUCAUUGUUGGAGCUGUGCGGAGAAGACAUAAGCGCUCCGCUGGAGGAGGCGGAGGAUGAAGAUGACUCUGAUGACAGUGAGUCUGAUGAAGAAUUGAGGACCUACAACAUCCAAAAUGAAGACAGUGAGGAGAGCGAGGAGGAUUUCACGACUGUGCCAGUGGUGGUAGGUGACUACAGCAGGGCUAGACACCUCCGUAGCCUCCUGAAGAUGCCAACCCUACUCACCCAGUCCUUCUGUGAGGAUUUGGAGACGAAGAAAAAAGCAGUGUCCUUUUUUGAUGAUGUGACAGUGUUCCUUUUUGACCAGGAGAGUCCCACAGGAGAGCUGGCUGACUGCGUCUUCCCAACAGAAACAGAGUCCAGUGGGCAGGAACCUUCUGGUGACCACCAGCUCCAACCUGAACCUGAACUUAAAGCUCAGUCUUGUGAAAUCUUCUGUGUGGAAGAAACAGAGGGGAACACCUCAGAAGAGGGUGCAGGCUAUGAAUGGGAAGGUAACCUUCAGUUUGAGCCCCGUCCAUCCUCACCUGAGACCAUCCCUGAGCCCCAGUCCUCACUCACAUCCACGUCCAACAGCCAUGAGUCUCCCAAACCUGCAGCUGCAGCACUCAACCGUUUUAUGGUCUCACGAUUCUCUAUCACACAUGUGUCUGACCCCCACACGGGCUCAGCAACAGGGAACAGUGAAGAUAGUCCAAAAGACUGAGUACUGCACAGCCCUGACUGUAGGAGGAUGCGUCCUGGUCCUUCUCAACACAGAAAGCAGCAUUAUUAUAUCUAGAUGUUUUAAAGAGUUUUAUUUUUCGACGUUUGGGGAAUCUGACCCUGGUGACCCUUUAUGAGACAGUGCCUCAUAUUGUAGUGAAACACCCUUGAUGAUUUGCACAUAGUGUCCUCUUGUUUUAAUUUUUGUGAUGAAAGAGCUGCUGGAAUGGCAACCACGGAAAUGGAUCUGAAAAUGUAGUGAUAUUGUUUGCAGAAAAAGAAAAAGGUGCAUUAGUUUUAUCAGAUAGUAAAGAACAACAACUACUGCUCAAUGCAGCAUCAGUUUCUCUUGCUCACCUUGCAAGGCAUUUAAUUUGUGGAUUUAAAAAUAAAUACAGAAAUGACAGGUUUCAUAGCUGCUUGUCUCAUUGGCUGCCUUGGUCUAUCUGCUUACUUACCAUUGAGCUGGCAUUUUUAAAGACUGUUACAACUCUGUUUGGAAAUCUACUGUAGCUUCUUAUGCAACAAUCAUCAACCAUUGUUUCCUGGCUCCAAACACAAAAUCUGACUCUCUUUAACUGUCGUGGGUGGUGGUGAUGGUGUUUGAAGUUAGAGGUGCUGAAUUUGUCCCUUAAUCCAUGUCAUGUCCAAAUCACACUGAUGGUGGGAAUCAGUGGCUUCACAUUGCUAUGUUAAGGGAAACAAUACAAGAAGUCAAGAUGUUGAAACUCUUAGUUCUCACCAUCACUCACUCUGCUUAAUGAUGACCUACAGUAUUAAGUAUGUCUACAGGUACCAUAUCUCUCUGAUGCACUUUGUACAGACAAACUGGGUCUUUAUUUGGAUGGCUCUGUUGCUCUACAUGUCCCCAUCUUGGAAUAAAAAAAAAUAUCUAAACAUAACAUACUCCCUGUAUGUGUCCACAGCGCCAGCUACAUGUUCACUAUUCUGUGGCAUAUUAGCUUUGUUUUAAAAAUGACAUCCCUCCAGGAAUAGAAUGACACCAAAAUGAUGGAUAUGUGUCUCCUCGCAAUUCAGCAGCAUCUUGUCAACAUGCUGGUUGUAAAUGUUGAAUGUCAGUUAUCAUCUGUAAGCAUCUUUUGUAUAUCUACAUAAUGCAUAGGCUCAUGCAUAAUGUAUUCUAUUACAGUUGUGGUGAAUGCCUGAGUUCGAGGUGUUCAAAAAAAACAAAUGACAUUUCAUAUAUUGUAUGAUUGUUAUAUGUAGCAGGUAGACUUGAAUUACUACUGCUGUAUUGACAGCUCCCUCCCCCUCUCCUGCUGUAGCUCAAGGUGCCAAUUCUGUUUUCUCUCGCCUUGCCUUUUAAGUUCUGUAAGAAGCGAAACGCUGUUAUUAUUUUUGUAUAAGCAUUUGGAAAGAUGUAAUUCAGGAUUAUAAUCUCAAAUUUGCCAAAGAGAUAUUACAAAGCUCAUUGGCUAUAACAUGACAGGCAUUUUUUGGAGAAGGUGAGGUGGGUUUGUCUAUGCACCAGUAGUAACAUCAUUUGCUGUUUCCAUUUCUCCCUCACGGCUAUUGUACUAUCCCGAACAAAUAAAUCCAAAUCAUUUUUCCCUUCUUGUUUCUGUAUCUGCUUUGAUGUCAUAGAAGUGCAGUUUUCUAAAGGAAAAAAAGUGAUGUUUGUGCCCAUUCAGAUUUAUUUUGGACAGUUUGUAUGUAGUUGUCAGUACAGUACAGAUACAAUACAAACAAACAAUGAUGAACAUGAGAAAUGAAAAUAAAAGCCAUAUAAAAGUUUUUAAAAAAUGCAUUUGAAGCUUGAUGCCCAAGUAUAAGCACGAUCAUAUCCCUCAGCAUAAAGGACUCAUUCAUGGAAAACUGUUUUUUCAUAAUGAAACUUGAUUCACCGCCAUUGAAGAGGCAUUUUUAGCUCACUCACACAUACAUACGCUUUUCUAUUGUACAAUUUCAUAACUCUCCCACCCAUUAUAAUGUAGAUAAAUGCCUCCGCUCUAAAAUGUGUAUGACAGAGAAAUCAAGAACUAUGAUAAUACUGCACCUUAACUGAUAAGCUACCACUCCCUCAAAGCUAAAAUAAUAAUUUUAAAAACUCCAUUAUGCAUUUUAAUCACCUGGCAUCUUAAAUAUCACAGAUUCCUAGAGAAAGAAUUAAAUUUCUAAACAUUCUUGUAUUAUUACUGUACAGUGGAUUUGCACACUCACUGUACUGCAGCUUGCCAAGCAGCAAAAAAAAAAAAAAAAAAGGGAGGGAUAACGACAGUUUAAGGAAUAUAAAAUGUAUAACUGUGAUGCAUAUGCCUUCAAACCAAUUUACAGAAUGAUUGGGUUGAUAAUGCAUGAAGCCAGUUUAAAGAAAAAAUAAUACAGUAGAAGGCACCGUUCCCACACUGAAAAUCUGAGUAUACUGUAUCAGAACUGGUAAAUAGAUGGUACUUUGAAUGGCUUAACAAAAGCAACAUUUUACUCACCAACUGUCCAGCUCUAGUGAUCUAUGGCAGUAUCCAAUCUAUACUGUACCUCUAAGGUGCAUAUAACAGUGAUGCACUGAAAACUUAGCAACUGUCUCAUAUUCACCCUCAAGCCUCACCUAAAACAAAUGCAGAUGCCUUCACUGCUCAUUAAUGUGAAUAAUCCUUAAAUGAAAAUUUCAAAUGUACAGUGUUGAAGAAAAAGAGAAAUAGAAGUGCAGAUAAAUAAAGAGUCCUAUGUGUUAUCCUUAUCUGCAACUGGUGCCAUCUAAAUAACUAGUAAAAUCUACUAUCACACUUGCACUUGAAUGUUCAGGCUGAGA